AUGAACUUCAGCCCGGCCGCGCUCGGCGUCGCGCUACUGCUCUCGGGACAUGGACUGAGGAAGAAGUCCCUCUCGCUUUCUGGAGCAGCUGCUGCCUUCCUCGCAGGGUAUGCACACCUCGCCAACCCGCUGAAGUUGUUCGGCGUCAGCCUGAUUGUCUUCUACCUUCUGGGCAGCCGCGCCACGAAAGUGAAAGCGGAUGUUAAGGCGAAGCUCGAGGACGGCGUCGACCCGACCAAGCCGCAGGGUAACCGGAAUUGGGUCCAGGUGCUGAGCAACUCGCUCCCGUCGCUGAUCGCCGCCCUGGCGUAUAGCCGCUACGUCUCAAACCAACCCGUCACUGCAGUACUCAGUGACCGUACGACGCGCGCGCUCAUCUACGCCGCCGUGUUCCACUUCGCGACGAGCCUGGGCGACACGCUCGCGUCCGAGCUGGGCAUUCUCGCCAAGACGUCCCCCGUCAGCGUCCUGACAUUCAAGAAGGUGCCUCCGGGGACGAACGGCGGCAUCACCGUUCCUGGCUUGGUCUGGAGCGCGCUCGGUGGCACGGUCAUGGGCGUGACCGCCGUCGUAAGUCUCCUCAUCGAGUCGAGCAUCACGUCCUCUCAGGCCCUGCAGCUCGUCAGCAGGGCCAGCGCGGCCGGUCUCGCGGGAUCUUUGCGCACUGUGUACCGCGACGGCAAGAUUCUGACGGACGCGAGCAAGGACCAUACCGGCGGCGAGGUCGUCGGUGUCGGGAAGGACAUUCUGUCCAACUCCAACGUGAACUUGAUCAGCUGUUCGUUGAUGGCACUCGCCGGAUAUUGGGUCGGUGGGCAGACUGUGUAG